CGGGGUGCCAGAAUAACUGUAACACUGUAAACAUAACGGAGCUGUUGAAAUUCUGCUCCGUAAAUUGGGUAAAAAACUUGAAAAUCCACACAUUUUCAUAUUUCUUCAAAAGUAUCAAUGUACGUGGACUAGAAUUAUACAACUGUGUCUCUGAUUAUAUUGACUGCUACACCCGGGAAAGUGGAAUAUAUUGUGUAAAUCUGUAAAUCUGUAAAUCUGUAGUAACAGUUCCACCAUGUCAAUGGUGAGAUACUUUUGUGUUACGUAAUUUCAUUAAACCUUUUUUGCAAGUAUUAACAGAGCAGAAUAAUUCAACAAUAUAUAAUGUUUAUUUUGGUGGAAAGGAGCUAAGCAAGUCAUAUAAGAAUAAUCCUCACGAAGUCUAUGCAAAUGAAUGACUGUUUUUAGGAUAAUCCCACAAAAGACUGUUUCGAACCUAUUUGAUACAACUGUGUGGUUGUCUUCCAGCAUGGUGGACGUGCCAGUAUCAGUGGAAGCCAUCACUUUGGAUCUGCUAAGAGAUGCCAGAGAGACAGUGAGGACCAGUCCUUUGGGAGUCAUCGACACUCCUAUGAUCCCAUGGUGCCAAACAACACUACCGCUCAACAUCCCCUGUAACAUCCUCAUCAAACUGGAGAACAUGCAGAGAACUGGUGAGUUUGUGUAUGAAUGAAAUGCCUUAGUCAGGCACAUUUACAUUACUAAUGUACAAGUUUCAAUUAAUAAUGUAGGCUGUUUUGUAAUAGAUAUAUUGAUGGACAUGGUUGAUGUUGGACAUUGAGAGUGAUACAAUAACAGCAGUUUCUGUCAUUGUGUUAAUUGCCAGGUCCGUUUAAGAUAAGAGGAGUGGCCAACCAGUUUGCCAGGAGACCAAAAGGAGCUCAUUUUGUCACCGUGUCUGCAGGGAACUAUGGGAAGUCUUUUGCGUAUGCCUCUAAACACUACGGCUCCAAGGGGAAAGGGGUGAUGCCAGAGACAGCCCUUGUAUCCAAAUCUACACUCAUACAAGUAAGGUUCUUGUUUCCAAUUGACUGCUUCAGUCUUUAAUUGUAUCAUCUAAAAUUACACAUCUGAAAAUAACCAAAUAUAUCAGUGAGUUGUUGAGUACAAUUGCUGUGCACCCGCCUUCGACCUGUCUGAUGAACGGGGUGAAUCGUUGUGUCCAGGAGGAAAACAUGACGUUCCUCCACUCAUACGAUGACCUGGACCUGAUUGCAGGACAUGCCAGGUACAGAACAGCUGAACAAGGCAACACAACCAGCUUUAUGCAGGCCUUUUCCCGCUUUUUGAGGGAAAAUAAAAUGCUGGUCUGUCUCUCACUGUCUGGCUCUCUCACUACCCCCCCACCCCUCCUACCCCAGCCCCCUCUCUCCCUCCCCCACUCUCUCUCUGUUAGGUAGUUUAGGUUUUGAGGUGCUGGAGGUGAUGCCCCAGCCUGAUGUAGUGGUGGUGUGCUGUGGAGGAGGAGGUCUACUGGCUGGGGUGGCUGCUGCCAUCAAACUGGCUGGCUGCGAGAAGACAAGGAUAUAUGGAUUAGAGCCAGAAGGAGGUACAUAACACCUGUUGGUUAAACUUCACCAAGACAAUAUCAGGCAGGGCUUUUUACAACUACGAUACACCACUAAAUGAUGUACAUGAACAUACACAUGGGGCAAUAUACUGAAGGGUUGAUAUACAGUAUGACCAUUUUGUUUACCUUAUUUUCCUGUCUUUGAUUCAUUAGCCUGCACCAUGUACAAAAGUUUCAUCGAGAAGAAGCCUGUCGGCAUGGACACCAAGAGCAUUGAGUCAGGACUGGCUCCACCUUUUGCAGGUACAGUACAUCUCAGAGAAGUAGAUUGGCUAGACUUAAAUAAAUCCUAAAAGAUCAGGACAUAAGAAGGAACAACUUUGUCUUCAUCUGGAAUGAACCAUAGCCAAGCCAACAAAUAUGUGAAAUGUACCUUCUUUACCUGUGCUAACUGAUGUGUUUUGUACCAUAAGGCACUUAAAGGUUCAAACAUCUACCAUUGCUAACUGCCUGGUGUGUUGUGUCCCUCCCAGGCACCCUGCCCUAUGAGCUGUGCCAC